AUGGAGGACUGCCUGCCCGGCGGCACCAUCUUCUUCACCACCGUCGGCGUCCAGCUCUAUGGCUUCGACGUCUUCUCCGUUCCCGUCGGCGCGGCUGCCGGCGACCGACCGCCGGAGACCCGCCAUACCGACGGCGUCUCCGUCAACUUCAACGGCCAGUUCCUCGAGGACGACGACCACCUGGCCGUGGCCUUCGUCUCCGAGAGGUCCGGCUCCGCCCGGCCUUUUCUCGCGCGGAUGGGCCGGCCGGAGCCGCUCCCCCACUUCCCGGAGAGUCUCCGCCACGACCGUCCCGUGGUCCGCAACGGCUUUGUUUACCUCGUUUCCGCCCAUGAACGGCCGGCGGGGGGGCCGUUCCGGAGCUGGUCGGUUGUGUACUCCGCUCCGGUCGACCAGCUGGGGGCGGUGCCGGAGCGACUUACUCCGGCAGGAACCGCCGACUUCAGCCCCGACGUCUCCGCCUCCGGCGAGAUCCUGGCUGUGGCCACGUAUGGUUCUUGUCCCUGGAAGGGCGACUUCUACGAGCUGCAGACGGAGGUGGUCGUGUUCCGGCGCUCCGAACCUGCCAGGCGCGUGCCCGUCUCCGGCGGCCGCGGUGGCUGGCCGGCCUGGUCCGGUGACUCCACGGUGUUCUUCCACCGCGUGGCGGAGGACGGCUGGUGGAGCGUGUUCCGGGUGGACAUCACGCCGGAGCUCGGCGUGGUCGGACCAGCGCGUCGUGUGACGCCGCCGGGGAUCCACGCGUUCACCUCGGCGGCCUCCCGCUAUGGGAACCGCAUCGCCGUCGCCACCCGCCGCCGGGAGUCCCAAUUCCGCCACAUCGAGCUCUUCGACCUCAAAACCGAGGAGUUCCUCCCCGUGACGGCUUUGGUCAAACCGGACUUCCACCACUACAACCCUUUCCUCUCUGACUCCGGCGACCGCCUCGGCUACCACCGGUUCAGGGGAGUGGCGGCUGCCGGCGGCGACUCCGUCGUCCCCAAUCUCUCUCCGGUGGUUAGCCCGGCGACCGGGCUCAAGAUGGCUCGAGUGCAUGGCUCCUUCCUUCCCGGCGGUGGCCUCUUUUUCAGAAGCCCGCUGCCUUCUACACUUCCUGGAACCCCGCCGAGCGCGGAGUAAUCUACACCUCAGUAGGCCCCAUCUUCCAAGGUCCGGAGGUGACCGUCCAGAUAGCCCGCGUCUCCUUCGAUCCGGCCAGCCUUCACCAGGUCGCCGUCGGCGACCUGGUCCCCUCGGAGCUGAAGAUCCUCACCAGGACGGACGCCGGAAACAACGCAUUCCCCUCCUGUUCGCCGGACGGCAAGUGGAUCGCUUCCGCUCCGGCCGCUCCGGCCGGAAGAACCUGUACAUUAUGGACGCCACCAAGGGGGAGACCGGCGGCGGGGAGAUCCGCCGGCUGACGGACGGCGAUUGGAUCGACACGAUGCCUUGUUGGUCUCCGGACGGCGAGCUGAUCGCCUUCUCCUCCAACUGCCACUCUCCAAAGGACCCCGAGGUCUUUGGGCUCUACCUGGUGCGGCCCGACGGGGAGGGUCUCCGGCGAGUUCCCGUGGCAGGGCCGGAAGGCUCGGAAGAGUCCCGGAGAGAGCGGAUCAACCACAUAUGCUUCAGCCCCGACUCCAAGUGGCUGCUCUUCACGUCGAACAUCGCCGGAGUGGUGGCGGAGCCGGUGGGGCUUCCGAACCAGUUCCAGCCCUACGGCGACCUCUUCGUUUGCAGGACGGCAGCGGGCUCCGGCGGCUGACUUGCAACAGCUACGAGAACGGCACGCCUACUUGGGUGGAAGAGAGAGAGGACUUGGCCGUGCACGUCGGGGGGCUGUCCUUGGGUGGCGUCGCCUCUGGAGACAAACUUAGGGGCCAGUUUGUGGAGCCUCUAUGGCUAAAUUGUGAGCUCUAA